UGGAUUGAUCAACGCAACGAACCGCACGCCGCCCACACACGUACACACGGACGUGCGGCGAAGGAAAGGGAUUUUUUUGUUGCAGUUUCAACUUUCAUGUCGAUAUCAUUUGGAGCAAAAAUGGCUGAGAAGGAAGAAAAAGUCGUGAUUAUCACUGGUGCAAAUUCUGGCAUUGGCCUGAGUUUUGCUGACCGGCUAUUGACUAUCGACCCCACGGUGGUCCUGUGCCUAGCCUGUCGUAACCCUAGCAGGGCAGAUACUGCUAAAAAGACAUUACUGGCGACUCAUCCAACGGCUAGGAUAGACCUGGUACGACUAGACACCAGCGACAUCAAGGGGAUAUUUGAAACUGCCAAAAAUAUCAAAAGAAAAUAUUCCAGGAUAGAUUUCCUGUACCUGAAUGCUGGCAUAAUGCCAGUCACCCAUCUGAACUGGAAGCACAUGUUUAAAUCAAUCCUCACUCCUCUGCAGUUGAUUGACAUGUUGACGACAGGCGAAGGUCUCCUCAAUCUCCAGGACGACACAACCAAAGACGGACUCAAAUCCAUUUUCUGCACAAACCUCUUUGGUCAUUUUGUCCUGAUACAAGAGUUGGAGGACCUCUUAUGCCAGUCACAAAGUCGUAUCAUAUGGACGUCAUCUAGCAAUGCUGACAAGAUGCAUUUUAGCCUCCAAGAUAUACAGCAUAAACAUGGCACUCAGGGAUAUAGUUCAUCAAAAUACGCCAUGGACAUUCUGAACAUUGCACUGAAUGAGAAGUACAACAACCGGGGGGUCUUCAGUCACCUGAUCUCACCGGGCGUCGUGGCAACCAACAUCACCAGCACAUUCUUCCCAUCCUGGAUGUGGUCGGUCUUGUACCCUGUGUUCCUGCUGGUUCGAGUUUUUGCUCCAAGGUUUGUGAUUGAGCCCAGUAUAGGAGCCGAAUCUAUGGUGUGGGUGUAUGGGGAAGACAGAAUCAGUGUCCGAUCUGAUCGGAAAUACACCAGCUACAGCUCUGCCAUUGGCAACAGUUACAUCGUACCGGAAGAGAUUGAAUAUGAACCCAAAGAACCAAUGAUGCUGUACAACCAGUUGGACAAGCUGCACAAGAUGUUUCAGGACAAGUAUAAUACAAGCAGCAACACUGGCGAACAAUGAGGGCGUAUCAGCUCUCAAAACAGCUUUGUGGAUAUUCUUGGUGCUCAGUGUUCUACCUCGUAGAGGGCACUAUUUACUCCUACUGUAAAAGCGACAACUUGAUGAUUGUCCCUGGCAGAUAUAAAGGCAAUACACAACAUUUGCAAACAUCAA